GGUAGGGAGCCUCGUGUGGCUGAUGUCAUUUGUCAGGGGGUGGGCGGUGGUGUGCCAAUAGCUUUAGUAAGUGGUUUGAUCCGGCCACCUGUAAGGUCAUAAUGACUAUUCCUCUUCCUUGUCAGGAUGUAGAGGAUAAACUAAUCUGGCAUGCCACGCCAGAUGGGGUUUUCACGGUGAAAUGUGCUUACCAUCUUGCGGUUUCACUUGAUAAACGCUCUAGGCGGUGGCGGGACAUGGUUAGUUGGAUGGAUAGGAGUAGUUGGAUCCGUUUAUGGGAAGCUAAUAUUUCCCCGAAGUUGAUAGUUUUUGCAUGACAAAUCUUUAAUCACAUCCUGCCUACUAUGGAAGCCCUAAUUGAGAAGAAGGUUCAGGUGCUUCCUCGUUGCCCGGUUUGUUGGGGUGAGUUAGAAACGUUAGAAUAUUUGUUCAUUUAUUGUCCGGUGGCACGAGCACUUUGGGAUUAAUCUGAGCUUGAGUACCCGGGAGAGGGUUUGCCACGUCAUACCUUCCCACUCUUUCUGAAGCGAUUGAUGUCCCUUAUUCAUCAACCUUCUCUGUUCAUGGCCGUUAUUGCCAUCCUCUGGAGGAUAUGGAAAUCCCGUAAUUGGCUUGUCUUUGAAGGGAAACCGUUUGGGUUCUCAACUCCGAUGUGCCAGAUUCAUCAGCAGUAUGAGGAAUGGAUGCGUCUGACGGUGGAUCGUGCUCCGCGGGUUGUCGCCUCGGUGUCGCAACACUUACCGCACCCCUUAGGGCCAUGUGGGCUUUUUGGGGUUGUUUGUCGGUGGGAUGGGGCUACUAGGGAGGGUUCCCACUCUGCGGGUGGCAUGGUUGUGUUGGAUUCGGAUGAUAGGGUCCUUAUGGCCAAGGGGGUCCAGUUUUAUUCAAUUGAUGAUCCUUUGGUUGUAGAGGUACUUGCGCUUUCGGGAGGCAGUGCGAUGGUGUCUUGCUCUUGGGUUUUCUGAAGUUUGCUUUGAAGGGGAUGCUAAGGUGAUUAUUGAGAAGAUCCAGCGGGCGGUCAGGAUAGCAGGAAUGCAGGAUGGGAGCUGUUCUUCAAGAGGUGGUGCAAUAUUUUGCCCUCCAUUUUGGUUUGAGUAUUCGAUUUGUUGAUCGGCGUAGUAAUAGGGUAGCCCAUUUGGUGGCUAGAAAGGCUCUUUCGUUGUAUCCGAUUACGAGUCGUUUUUUAUUUAUGUCCAAACCUGACUAAAUUCCAGGAUGUAACUAUCUAUUGUUUGGUAUCAAUAUAUGAUUAUCUUUUGUAAAAAAACAAAAACUCAAUGGGUUGAUCAUAGAGAAGAGAACUCGUUUUUUUUUAACCAUUUGAAUCUAAUUAUGUGUGGAUUGCUUAGCUUGCUUAUAUCGAGUAUAUUUGAUUAUAUUGUGUAAUCUAGGACUCAAUUCAACUCAAAUCUUGGUGAUUCAGGUGGCUUUUUUUCAGACUAUGAUUUCAUUCCUUAACUUGGAUUACAACAAAAAUAUUGUUGCAAACAGAAUGAUAUUAAUAGUGUUCUACCGAAUGAUAUCACAAUCUUAACGUAUCAUAUUCUACCUUCGGUAAACCUGCUAAAUGUUUUGUACUUUGUAGCUCGAAUCCUGUUUUAAGAGAAUUUGCUCACCCCGUUUAAGCUUUUACCUUGAUUGUUUAUAGUGUUAACUAUUGCAAUAUCGAUCAUAAUUAGACCAUGGCACCAUAUAUGUUUGUAUACGUGUGCAUAUUUCUAGUUAAAAUGGUGGAACAAUCAAUUAACAUUAUCAUUUUGGCUGCGCUAGCCUUUCUUUGGGUUUGUGCUCUCUGAGUUGGCAUUACAAAGAAUAAUGUCCUGUCACAAAAAUUUGUACGUUUCAAAAAUUCCUCCAAACAGGCUCCAAUUCCAUUUCCUUACACUGUUCUAUUUCCCUCCCUAUGGUUAACCGGCUAGGUUCAAAGCAUCGUCAUUAGCAAAAACAAUUAGGAGCUUAAUUAAUUAUUAAUGUUAUGGUCUUCAUUAGGAUCUUAAUUAAAUUAUUAUGUUUCAUAUAUGUAUUUGAAGUGACAUUUAAGGCCAGGUAGGGGCCAUGAUUAGGAAGUCCCUCUUAAUUUGACAGGUUCCAGGCUGAUAUUGCUUUCGUGCGGGGAAUAUAUUUGAUGAUGUAUAUACUUGGAGAUGAUGAAGAAGAAGAACAAGUCACAACACAACCCACAAAGUAUAGUCCAAGGAACAAUUUAAAAUAUAUAUGGCUGAAAAUCAUAGUCAUUGAGUUAAGCAACGAAUAAUUAAAUUUGGUGCUAGAUAGUGCUUAAUUAAUUAUUCUAGUUUGUAUUGUUAUGAUAACCGGUAGGCCGGAUGGGUCAAAUCACCUCCUUACUACACUAGCAAAUCAGUUCGUCCGUUCUUAGUUUGUACGAUUAAGAACGGACUGAACUGUUAUUUUAUCGGUUUAGGUGUUGAUUGUUUAGACAUCGCUCAAUUAAUCUAAAUGGUUCGUUGGUUCAAUAUUCUAAUAAGCCAAAUGUUAUAGAAAUUAAGUAGAAACAUGAAAAACUAACCAAUUGUAAUUAGUUUUUCUCUCCACUUUCGCUUUGACUUUUUGUAGGUUUGCCCUUUCUAUUUCCUUCUACUUUAUACAUACCUUCUCGAUCCAACUCUGAUUGAUUGAUUAUACGAAUGGUUUUAUAAAUAAUUCAUCAACAAUUCUAUAACGAGUCACCAUUGACUAUGAACCGCUAAUUUUUCCAGUUCACCAUCUGGUUUGAUUCUUAACACAUAGCUAAUUAAUUCGGGAUUCAAAUUAAAAAAGAAGAUAAUAAAUAUAAUUUUUUUCCCUCAUUAGGCGGCCAACUAGACAUAUAUAUGUAGCAGCAGGUAGCUGUCCAAUAAUUAAGGGCAAAGUAUAGC